AUGGGGACUCAGAGAAGUAUUGCAUUUCUUCUGCUUCUUCUUCUGUGCUGCGGAGUGGAACAGAACAAUGCUAUUCCAAUCCCCGGACCCACAGCCCAAGAGUUCUACACAGAAACAUACACAGAGGUUAUAACUGAGACUGUGCCAUCUUCUGAAACAGAGGGCGCUACACAAGAAAGACAGCAGAGGCCAUUGACUGGUACAGCUGGAGAACCACCCAUUGAGACUGUAAAAAAUGAAAGCCAACAGAUUAUCGACACUGGGGAUAGUAUCACCUUACACCAAACUGAUACACUCAGAGCCAACACCAGUAACACAGCAUUGCCUGAAUCCAACACCACAUCAGGUGAAAGUGAGGACUCGGAACAUGCAGCUGCAGUUGUUGGCGGUGUUAACACUAUGGCUGCAAGCACUGGAUCUACACCCCAUGUCAUGCCUAAUAACACCAUUUUCAGUCCUGUUAGCACUGGUUCAGCACAAAGCACCUUGGGGAAUACACCUCCAACUACAUCACUUUAUUUGACAACGACUACAGCUGAACAACCACCAAGUCAUCAUAAAAAGUCCACUGAAAAUGAUAUCACAAUAUCGUAUGUGACAGAAAUUUAUACAGAAAUUAUUGACAGGACAGAACUUGUGGUGUCUGACACCGAUUCCAAGGAUGUAGCUGCAGUUCAUGAAGGAGUUAACACUACAGCUACAAGCACCAGAUCUGCAUCACAAGGUAGUACAAGUAGUGAGGAUGGGAGAUCACAUGAUGUUUUAAACCAAGAUGAAGACUCUGAAACAUCUCCAUCAGCUCAUCUUUCAACAACUAGCACUUUACACCACACACCUCCAACUACAGCUCAUCAUUCAACAGCUAGCACUUUACACCAUACACCUCCAACUACAGCUCAUCAUUUGACACUGAUUACAACUGAUCAGCCAACAAGCCGUCACGAAAAGCCCAGUGAAAAUGAAGAAACAGUAUCUAUUGAACCAUAUGUGACAGAAAUUUAUACCGAAAUUAUUGACAGGACAGAACUUGUGGUAUCUGACACCAAUUCCAAGGAUGCAGCUGCAGUUCAUGAUGGUGUUAACACUACAGCUACAAGCACCAGAUCUGCACUAAAAGGUAGUGCAAGUAAUGAGGAUGGGAGAUCACAUGAUGUUUUAAACCAAGAUGAAGACUCUGCAACACCUCCAUCAUCUCAUCAUUCAACAACUAGCACUUUACACCAUACACCUCCAACUAUAGCUCAUCAUUUGACACUGAUUACUGCUAAUCAGCCAACAAGCCGUCAUGAAAAGCCUAGUGAAAAUGAAGCCACAGUAUCCACUGAACCAUAUGUGACAGAAAUUUAUACAGAAAUUAUUGACAUGACAGAACUUGUGGUGUCUGACACCGAUUCCAAGGAUCUAGCUGCAGCUCAUGAAGGAGUUAACACUACAGCUACAAGCACCAGAUCUUCACUACAAGGUAGUGCCAGUAGUGAGGAUGGGAGAUUGCAUCAUGUUUUAGACCAAGAUGAAGACUCUGCAACAUCUCCAUCAGCUCAUCAUUCAACACCUGGAAAUUUACACCAUACACUUCCAACUACAACUCAUCAUUCAACAGCUAGCACUUUACACCAUACACCCUCAACCACAUCUCACUUGACACCAAGUACAACUGGACAAACAACAAGCCGUCAGGAAAAGCCUACUGAAACUGAAGUCACAGUAUCCACUGAACCUUAUGUGACAGAAAUUUAUACAGAAAUUAUUGAAAGGACUGAACUUGUGGGGUCUGAUACGGAUUCCAAAUCUGAUCAAAUCGUUUCAACUGAAGAUGAGGAAGAUUCUGAGCAAGCGGACAACACGGCUGAUAUGUCUCAAGACCUGGCAAACAUUACUCCACCUAUAAGCAGAACUACUCCACACGACACUGAUCAAAGCACCAUCCUAUCAAUCUCUUACUCCAGAACUGAGCCACUCAUCUUUGCAGACAGGGUGGUCAUGACACCACCUUACACCGGAUCAAGUCCAAACAUGACAGCUCCUCAAAUUACCAGCACCAGUUUUACACCAGACAGUCAAAAUCUUACACCAACACCAGCUGAUCCUUCUUCACCAAUAUCUGAUGUAACACCAGAGAAUGGGGCAAGCACCAAAAGUGCAUAUGUAUCUCCUGUAACUAGUUCUGCUGCACCUCCUGAACCAGAGGUGACAGAAAUUUACACAGAAAUAAUGGAAAUCACAGAACUAGUUAUGUCUGAAGCUGAAUCUGUUGAUACCCCCUCAAUACAAGAAUUGGAGCAAAGAGAUUCUGCCCAAAGUAGCUCCAGUUCAAGGUCAGAUAUUUCAAGUCCCGAAGAGAUUUCUCCAACUCCAGUGUUAAGUCCAAAUAUUACACCACAGCAGGAACAUACAACAUCUGAAUGGUCUGAAAAUACACCUGACCCAUCUGAAAUCACUGAUAGUGAAACAGAGGAAUAUGAAAUUAAUGUAUAUCAGUAUGAGAGUGUACGAGACGAGUCUGAUGGAACACCAGAGCAGUAUGAUAGUACACCAGAUCAGUCUGAUAGUACACCAGAUCAGUCUGAUAGUACACCAGAUCAGUCUGAUAGUACACCAGAUCAGUACAAUAGUACACCGGAGCAGUAUGACAUUACACCGGAUCAGUCUCCAAGUACACCAGAGCAGUAUGAUAUUAUACCGGAUCAGUCUGCUAAUACACCAGAUCAGUAUGAUAGUACACCAGAUCAGUCUGCUAGUACACCGGAACAGUAUGAUAUUACACCAGAGCAGUAUGAUAUUACACCGGAUCAGUCUGCUAGAACACCAGAUCAGUAUGAUAGUACACCAGAUCAGUAUGAUAGUACACCGGAGCAGUAUGAUAUUACACCAGAUCAGUCUGCUAGUACACAGGAACAGUAUUAUAAUACACCGGAGCAGUAUGAUAUUACACCUGAUCAGUCUGCUAGUGCACUGGAACAGUAUGAUAGUACACCAGAUAAGUCUGAGAGUACUCCAGAUCAGUAUGAUAGCACAUCACAGCAGGAGCAUGUUAAAAACAGUUUAUCUUCUGCAUCAUAUGUCACUGAGACCUACACAGAAAUCGUGGAAAUUACCGAGAUUUCAAUACCUGACACUAAACCUGAGACACAAUCAAAGGAAAGUAUCUUACAUGAGUCAUCACUAUCAGAAGUAACAAGCAAACCUAUGCCUUCGACAGAAGGUUAUCGUACGGAAGACAGUGACUCAACUCAACAAGGUACUAGAUCAUCACCAGUCGGUUCAAGCAAUAUUGCAAAGACGAAUACAGUUCAACCUGAUGCCGCUUACACCUUUAGUCCACCUUCACAAAAUGCCAGUGCCAUACAACCUGGCCCAAACUCUACCACUGAUGCUUCUGCACCUACAGAGCAUUCAGUUGCUUCAACAAUUACAUAUUCAACACUAACAGAACCCCAGGCUCAACAGCCUGCGACUUCAUUGGAUAGACCAAAUUCAGCAACUGCUUUGCAGGAUGAAAUGCCUCAGGGUGACCAACUGGAUGAUACAGAACCAUCAUCAGAACCCUUUAUUAUGGAAGUCAACACAGAAGUGAUAGAAUAUACCGAACUUGUGAUGGCUGACUCUGAUGGAGAGUCUGAUUACAAUCCUGUAGACUCAGACGAUGAGGGUUCCGUGUUGAGAGAUGCCAACGCCAAUGACGGGGUGGAUAGUGGCGACGCACCGGGUUCUGAUGAAAGUCAGAUCAAGGAACCCGAAGGUGUUGCAUCUGCUGAUAACAGUUCUACCACGCAGAGGUCUGCUUCCACAGUGGAUACCUCUGAUUGGACAACAAACAGCUCUGACUCUGCAUCACACAUUCCUGUGUACGCGAUGGACCGAGUUGAUUACGUACUAGACAAUUCUUAUUCAAUAUCAGAGAGUCUUGAGUAUACAUUACACAGUAACGAUUACAGUCUGGACAGUUCAACACCAGACAGCUCUGAUUCCUUACAGGGCAGUUCUGAAUUGACACCAGACAGUUCUGAUUCUACACCAGGCAGCCCAGAUUCCAUACUAAGCAGUUCUGAUUCGAUAACAAACAGUUCUGAUUCUACACCAGGCAGCUCUGAUUCCAUACUGGGCAGUUCUAAUUUAACACCAGACAGUUCUGAUUCUACACCAGUCAGCUCUGAUUCCAAACUGGGCAGUUCUGAUUCCACACGAGACAGUUCUGAUUCUACACCAGGCAGCUCAGCUUCCUUACCAGACAGUUCUGAUUCCACACGAGACAGUUCUGAUUCUACACCAGGCAGCUCUGAUUCCAUACUGGGCAGUUCUAAUUCGACGCCAGACAGUUCUGAUUCUGCACCAGGCAGCUCAGCUUCCUUACCAGACAGUUCUGAUUCCACACAAGACAGUUCUGAUUCUACAUCAGGCAGCUCUUAUUCCAUACUGGGCAGUUCUAAUUCGACACUAGGAAGUUCUGAUUCCACACUAGGCAGCUCAUCUUCCUUACCAGACAGUUCUGAUUCGAUGGUGGAUAUCGUUUAUUACAUGGACAGUUCCGACUCUAUAUUGAAUAGUUCUGAUAUUAUAGUAGAAAUCUCUGAUUCUAUAUCAGAUAGGGAUGAUUAUACACCAGAUAGUUUUGAUAAUACAAUGAACACUUCGGAUUCUUCACAAGACAGUGGUGAUUCUACACUAGUUAGUUCAUCUUCCACACAAGACAGCAAAGAUUAUACACUGGACACGUCUUAUUUUACACUAGAUAUUUCUAGUAUGAAUAGUUCUGAUUAUACACUUGGCAGUGUCAGUUUGACACAAGACAGUCCAGAUUAUUCACUGGACAGUCCUGAUUAUACACCAGAAAAUUCUGAUUACACACUGGAUAGUGCUGAGGCUACACCAGACAGUCCUAGUUAUACACCUAAUGAUGUUGACUCUACACCAGACAAUCGUGAAGCAACACCAGACCGUCCCAAUUACACACUCAACGGUGCUGGAGACACAUCAGAUAGUCCUGAUUAUACUACACGGGCUAGUCCACAGUCCACACCAGCCAGUGUCAAUUCUGCUUCGAACACCCCCAGUGCUACACUAAAUGACACUGUUGACCCUUCAACAACAGCAGAAUCUGCACUUCAGGAACCAAGUCAAUUGAAUAAAACAGUAAGUAAUACGGCUCUCACAGAGACCCCUGUUAGUGAUGACAUCACCUCUCCCCAAGACUCAAGUUUGACUGAAACUUACACAGAAACCGUGGAAAUUACAGAGCUGUUCAUAGGUGAUGAAAAUGACUGA